AUGUCUCCUGUUCUCAGUGAAAUCCUUCGUUCUGGGUUUAUGGUCGAUUCCUCGCUCAGGCGCAGGACCCAUCUCGUUCAAUCUUUCUCAGUUGUCUUCCUUUACUGGUUCUAUGUUUUCUCAUAA